GCCUGAGGACUGUAGGAAGUACGCGAGCCGCGGUUCAGCCCUGACGACCGAGCACGCAUGCGCGAGAGCUGGGCGGCCCGCGCUGUGCGUGUGACGUCACGGAUGCGCCUGUGUCAACUCUUCCUAGUUUUGUUAGUAGCGUGCGGCAAGCUGUCAACUCCCUGGCUGAAGCUGGUGAUGCUGAACUGAUAUGCCACUUGAAUUAAUAAAAGAAGUCAGUGGGGUGCCCGAGGUUCAGCUGCUGAGUAAAUUCCACGAAGUAGAUUUCAGAUUCCUACAGCUUGGUUGUGAUUGUAGCAAGAAAUAUAUCCAGGGAAAACCAACUUUUUAACUUGGAAAUGGCACAGCUGUUUUAAAGAUUGGACUACAAGAAUUUCAAAGCUGUUCAUGUGCAGUUUUAGGCUCCAAAUAAGCAAAAACAAUCUUGAAAAAGAAUAACAUCUGAAGACUCAUGUUUCCCGGCUUCAAAACAUACUGCAUAGCUGAAGUAAUCUUGACUAUGUGAAGGAGAGAUAUGCAGACCAUUGGAAUGGAACUGAGUCAAGAAAGAAACACGACACCAUUGCAGUGGCUAGAUUUGUUUCACCAGCAUCCUCAUGUAUGAGAAGAGAUGGUAAAUGUGGCAUAUUUUUAAAAACACUUGAAGACUACAAAUCAGCUGUCUAUGUUUAUACUAAACCUCUUAGAGAUUUUUCUACAGAAUCAAUGUCUUUGAUUCCAGCAACACAUUAUAUAUAUACACCCCUGAAUCAGCUUAAAGGUGGUACAAUUGUCAAUGUCUAUGGUGUCGUGAAGUUCUUUAAGCCUCCAUAUCUAAGCAAAGGAACUGAUUAUUGUUCUGUUGUUACGAUUGUGGACCAAACAAAUGUAAAGUUGACCUGCCUGCUCUUUAGUGGAAACUAUGAAGCCCUUCCAAAAAUUUAUAAAAUUGGAGAUAUUGUUCGCUUUCAUAGACUGAAGAUUCAAGAAUAUAAAAAGGAAACUCAAGGUAUCACCAGCUCUGGCUUUGCAUCGUUGACCUUUGAGGGAACUCUGGGCGCCCCUGUCAUACCUCGUACUUCAAGCAAGUAUUUCAACUUCAGUACUAAGGACCACAAAAUGGUAGAAGCCUUACGUGUUUGGGCAUCUUCUCAUCUUUCACCUUCCUCAGCCUUAUUAAAAUUAUGUGAUGUUCAACCAAUGCAGUAUUUUGACCUGACUUGUCAGCUUUUGGGCAAGGCAGAAGUCGAUGGAGCAUCAUUUCUUCUAAAGGUGUGGGAUGGCAAUAGGACACCCUUCCCAUCUUGGAGAGUCCUGAUACAAGAUCUUGUUCUCGAAGGUGAUAUAAGUCACAUCCAUCGGCUACAGAAUCUGACAAUAGACAUUUUAGUCUAUGAUAACCAUGUUCAAGUGGCAAGAUCUCUAAAGAUUGGAAGCUUUCUUAGAAUCUAUAGUCUCCAUACCAAACUACAGUCAGUGCAUUCAGAGAGCCAGGCAACAUUGCUGUGUCUAGAGUUUCAUCUCCAUGGAGGUACCAGUUAUGGCCGGGGAAUCACGGUCUUGCCGGAGAGUAACUCUGAUGUGGAUCAGCUGAAAAAGGCUCUAGAAUCUGCAGAUUUGACCAGUCAACAUUCAGAUCGUUUCUGUCAGUCAGAACAUGAGGACAGUUUUCCAACUCCUUCAACUAUGGUGAAUGGGAUUGAUCUUAGAAGAUCUUACUCAGGUUCUGGAUCAGUAUCACUGUAUGAGGUAGAAAGAUGUCAACAGCUGUCUGCUACAAUACUUACAGAUCAUCAGUAUUUGGAGAAAACACCACUGUGUGCAAUUUUGAAACAAAAAACUCCUAAACAAUAUCGCAUCCGAGCAAAAUUGAGAUCUUAUAAGCCCAAAAGUCUCUAUCAGUCUGUUAAACUUCAUUGUCCUAAAUGUCAUUCACUGCAGGAAGUGCCACAGGAAGGCAAUUUGGAUAUAAUUUUGAAAGAAAAUGCAACUAAAACCCCAGAUACCAAACUACAUAAUACAUUAUUAUAUGAUUCAAAAAUUUGGACCACAGAAGAACAAGGAGGACGAAAAGUAGCUGUUCAUUUUGUGAAACAUAAUGGUAUUCUUCCACUUUCAAAUGAGUGUCUAAUUUUGAUAGAAGGAGGUACACUCUCUGAAAUCUAUAAACUCGCAAAUAAGUUUCAUAGUGUAAUUCCGGUGAAAUCUGGCCAGGAAGAUCUAGAACUCCUAGACCUUUCAGCACCAUUCCUGAUACAAGGAAAGAUACUUCACUAUGGAUGUAAACAGUGUUCUAGUUUGAGAUCAAUACAAAAUCUAAAUUCUCUGGUUGAUAAAAUAUCCUGGAUUCCUUCUUCUGUGGCAGAAGUAUUGGGUAUUGUGCCCCUCCAAUAUGUGUUUGUCAUGACAUUUACUCUUGAUGAUGGAACAGGAGUGUUGGAAGCUUAUCUUAUGGAUACUGACAAAUUCUUUCAGAUUCCAGCAUCAGAAAUUCUAGCUGAUGAUGACUUCCAGAGAAGUAUGGAAAUGAUCAUGGAUAUGUUUUGUCCUCCAGGAAGAAAAAUUGAUGCAUAUCCAUGGUUGGAAUGCUUCCUCAAGUCAUAUAAUGUCACAAAUGGGACAGAGCAGCAAGUUUGCUAUCAGAUUUUUGACACCACAGUUGGAGAAGAUGUUAUCUAAUAAUGUUCCUAUUGCUCGAAAUACUCAGCAUAAUGGCUUUCAGCAGUACAAAAGAGAAAUUAAAUAAAUGAAUAUUUUUUCAUUUACUCUUUAAAGUCCUUUUAGAGAAGUUAUUUUAUUACCAUACACUAAAAAUUGCUUUUCCCAUUGGUUUUUGUGUAUCAGCCACUGAUUUCUCUGCCAUCCAUCUCUUUGGCUAUGCUUCUUUUUCUGUCCUGAUUUCCACAUGGACCUACAGUUAGAAAAUGAUCCUUUCUUAAAUCAUUCAGGCUUUUGCGGGUGCAAUGUAAAUAGUGACUGUUAGUUUUGUUGUAUUAGAGGAGUCUUUGUCAACAAGUUGUUCUUUAAAAAGUAUUUGUCUAAAUGAGCUCCAGUGUACUGGAAGAGUGAUUUGCUUUCAGUUUAAGUGGUAGAUUGCACUGUUUGGGUGCUGAUAUUGACCAUUUCAAGUUUGUUUCUUCAGACUUGAAUCAUGUACCUUGAUUAUUUUUCUAUGUUGGUGGUUAUUUCAUUCCUCUUCAAUAAAGUAGUCAUAUCUGUGACAAUAGUCAUAAAUAAAAUAUACCUAUUGUACAAUUGCAUAAGAUAGUACAGUUCAAUAUAAUGGUCUGCUUUUCACCUGACAAUGUUUGUAAAAUUUUCAAUCAUGAGUAUUCAAUUUCAAUAUAAAUAUAUUUGUAUAUAUGUGAUUUGUGUAUGUUAUUUAUUGAACACUGAGAAAUAUAGAUCUCCCUGGGUCAGUAUUAUUGAGGAAUAAAUAAAUGCAUACAUUUCAGCUA